UGGCAUUUUCCCUUUCUAUUUCGGACCUUGAUUUUCAAUGUUGAUUGUCAUGACUUCUUCUCAUAGGCUAAAAACCUCUAAAAUUCAACAUCCGUCGUUUUUCUAUUGUGAGAGUAGGCAACCUUCCACAUACACUUUCCUCAUUUAUUUUGUGAACACCUUUCAUCUGUUUUAGUUACCCCAUUUUUACAUAAAUAACAAAAAGAGAUAAAAAUGGGCAUGCGCAUCGAUAUAAAGCGUAAACUAUUAUCGCGCUCAGAGCGUGUUAAAUGUGUCGACUUGCAUCCAACAGAGCCUUGGUUGUUGACAAGUUUAUAUAGUGGACUUGUUCAAAUCUACAAUUAUGAAACACAGGCCAUAGUUAAAACAAUCGAAGUGUCAGAGACACCUGUUCGUGCUGCAAAAUUUGUUCCUCGUAAAAAUUGGAUUGUUACAGGCGCUGACGACUCUCAAAUCCGUGUAUUCAACUACAACACACUCGAAAAAGUCACUGCUUUCGAAGCUCACCCUGACUACAUUCGUUGUCUUGCAGUUCAUCCUACACAACCUCUUGUCUUAUCAGGCUCCGACGAUAUGACAAUCCGACUUUGGGAUUGGGAAAAGGGAUGGAAAUGUAUUCAGGUAUACGAAGGGCAUGCUCAUUUUGUGAUGCACUUGACUUUCAACCCUAAAGAUUCAAACACCUUUGCAUCUGCUGGACUUGAUGGAAUGAUCAAAGUUUGGUCUCUUGGAUCAUCCGCUCCCAACUUUACUUUGGAAGGACAUGGAAAGGGUGCUAAUUAUGUAGACUAUUAUCAUGGUGGUGAUAAACCAUAUUUGAUCUCUUGCGCCGAUGAUAACCUCAUCAAGAUUUGGGAUUAUCAAAACAAAAACUGUGUUCAAACACUAGAAGGACAUAAUCAGAACGUCAACUUUGCCGCUUUCCACCCUAAUUUACCCAUCAUCUUAUCAGGCUCUGAAGAUGGCACUGUGCGCAUUUGGAACUCUGAUACAUACCGUUUAGAAAAUACGCUGAAUUAUGGAUUGGAGCGCGCUUGGUGCAUGGCUACUCAAAAGAAUGGUAACAACGUUGCCUUGGGUUAUGACGAAGGUGCUGUUGUCAUCAAACUCGGUAGAGAAGAACCUGCUGUAUCUAUGGAUUUAUCCGGAAAGAUCAUCUGGGCCAAGCAUUCCGAAAUUCAAACCACAAACAUCAAAACAGGAGUUGAUGAUAAUGCAAAGGAUGGAGAAAGAUUGGCCCUUCCUAUCAAGGAUCUCGGUAGCUGUGAAGUAUAUCCUCAAACUCUCCAACACUCUCCCAACGGUCGUUUUGUCGUUGUUUGUGGCGAUGGUGAAUAUAUCAUCUACACUGCUUUAGCCUGGAGAAACAAGAGCUUUGGUAGUGCCCUCGACUUUGUUUGGGCAGAGGACUCUAACGUCUAUGCUGUUCGUGAAUCUGCCACUAAAGUGAAGGUAUUCAAGAACUUCAAAGAAAGACCUGGUUUACUCCCAAAGCUUAACUACAGUGCAGAGGGAAUCUAUGGUGGUGCCUUGCUUGGUGUUCGUGGCAAUGGUUUCCUGAACUUUUAUGACUGGGAAAAUGGUCAAGUGGUCCGUCGUAUAGAUGUUGAUUCCAGAAACGUCUACUGGUCAGAUGCCGGUGACCUCAUUGCUAUUGUAUGUGAAGACUCAUUCUAUGUGUUGAGAUACAACGCUCAAGCAUAUGCUCAAUAUAUUGAAAGCGGUGGUGACCCAGGCGAAGAAGGCGUUGAGGAUGCAUUCGAAUUCAUUACGGAAAUAUCCGACAGCGUUAAAACUGGUACCUGGGCUGGCGAUUGUUUCAUCUACAGCAAUAACUCCAACCGCAUUAAUUAUCUCGUUGGUACUGAGACUUAUACAAUCAGUCAUUUUGAUAAGCCAAUGUAUCUGUUGGGAUACGUGCCUCGAGACAACAGAAUCUACAUGGCUGAUCGAGAUGUCAACAUCUACAGCUAUGGAUUGUCAUUAACUGUUAUUCAAUAUCAAACUGCCGUUCUUCGUGGAGAUUUGGAAUCGGCUUCUACUUUACUCCCUUCUAUUCCAGAUAAUCAGCGUGGACGUGUUGCUCGAUUCCUUGAGUCUCAAGGCUUGAAAGAACUUGCCUUGGAUGUGUCAACAGAUAUUGAUCAACAAUUUGAUCUUGCCGUUCAACUUGGAAAAUUAGAUAUUGCUUCAGGUAUUGCGCAUAAAUUGGACAGUGAGCCCAAGUGGAGAUCAUUAGGCGAUGUUGCCUUAUCAUCAUGGAACUUCAAAUUAGCUGAACUAUGCUUGAAGAAGGCUAACGAUCUCAGUGGUCUAUUACUCUUUUAUACAUCCAAUAACAACCGCGCUGGAGUAAGACAAGUUGCGGAUAUGGCCAUCGAACAAGGCAAAAACAAUAUUGCAUUCAACUGUUUAUAUCAAUUGGGAGCUAUGGAAGAAGCCAUUGAUUUGUUAAUCAAGACCGAACGUAUUCCCGAAGCCGCUAUGUUAGCAAGAGCUUAUGCUCCUGAACAAAUUUCGAAGGUGGUUAAUGUGUGGAAGAAUUCUCUUUUGAAUAAGAAUAGAAAGAAGACUGCAGAAAGUUUAGCAGAUCCAGCACAAUAUCCAAACCUUUUCCCUGAGCUCACAAAGCAAGAAUCAGAACCGCUUUUGGACAUUGAAGAUAAACAAGAGGAAGGAGAGGAGGCUUCUCCUGCCGAAGAAAACGAAGAAUAAACACGGCCUAUAUUAAUAUCGAUUUUCUAUACACAUAAAAUUAAAAAAAAUGCUGGGUGUAUUUUAGUUCCCUCAUCAGAUCACUGAUGUCUUUUUUUUUCUAUGUAUUAAAGCUUCGAUCAACAGCGACGAUAGCAAGCAUGAAUCAAUUCAUGAGCAUCUUUAUGAAUGAACAAUACAAAUAUACUGAAUAGGAUAACUUUUCUAUGAUCAAUCUUUCUAUAUUUCUCAAAGAUGCUAUUAGAGGCGUUUACUGCUUAGUCCGUUAUUUACA